AUGUAGCCACAUUUCUAUCCAUUAAAGGCAUUUGCUGGUCUUCCCUUAUUUCUCCCAUACCUGAUAGGAUUUACUUUUAUGGGUGUUUACUGAAGUUGUUUACAGUAGUUUCUGGAUUUUUUUUACAUUACUCAUAAACCCUUCCAAGACAAUUGACAUUUAAAUUGUUUUGGUGUAAGCAAUAAUUGUCUAAAGUUUUAAGAGUAUAGGCAGUACUGCAGGUUUAUCUUUGAUCGUACCUUUAUUCCUUGUGUGUGUGUGUGUGAACAACAAGUAUAAAAUGUAUUAUUUAUUUUUGAGACAGGGUCUUGUUGUAUAUUUCAGGCUGGCUUUGAACUCAGAGUGAUCCUCCUGCUUCAGCCUCCCAAAUGCUGGGAUUACAGGUGUGCACCACCACGCCUGGCCUUCUGAAGGCUAGCCAGGACUCCUAAGCUGCGAGAACAGAAUGGCUGUGUCCAAUACACUUUCUUUGCAAAAAUGGAAUGUUCUCUAUAGCCACAGCCCACCUGUGGCUAUUGAUUACUUGAGAUGUACCUAUUUCACCUGAAUUUAUAGUGUUAAUUAAAAGUUUUUUUAAUGUUUUAUUAUGAAAAAUUUCAAAGACACAAAAUGGUUGAAAUAAUUGUAAAGAGAAUAUCCACAUGCCACUAAUAAGCCUGUUAGAGUGUUAUUUGUUGAUUUUUUCACCUAAUUGGUGCCAUUAAGCUUUUUUUCUUUUGGUUCUGCUAUUUAAUUUUGAUGAAAUUUAGGGAGCCACACAUGUCUGGUGACUGUACCUUUUGGGGACUGUUGCUCUAGAAUAUGGGUGUCCAACCUCCUGCCACACUGAAUAAAGAGGAAUUGUCUUCAGACACAAAAAUACAUAGAAUAGUUAAUGUAUAUAAGUAAUAAAACUUUAAGACUUUUUUUAUUACAACAUUUAAAAAGAAUAUAAACAACAAGUGGGAUUUUAACCUUGCUUCUGUGAAUCUAAUGCUUUAGUAUCAGUUCAAUGAAAGUUGCAAUUUUUAGUUUUUAAGGCACUCAUCAGAGACUUAAAUUUUGCUCGUCAUAGUAGGUUGAAAUAUCUCAAUCACAGCAGUUUAUUGGGCAGGUCAAGUGAGUGAGUGAGACAUGCAGGUUUCAGUUGGAAUGAACAUGUUGGGCACAGGAAGUGGGGUUAGUGCUGCCCUGAGCCCUGACCAUAGCAACCCGUAGUCACCCGUGCAGUCUGCUUGGGCACCUUGCAAUUCAGCCAUGAAAGACCGUUCUGAAAACCACAUCAAAGUGUUAAAAGCUUAGGGUCCUAUGGGGCACCUUGCCAGUUGUGCAGGGCUGUGGAUUGGACAAACCGCUCUAAAGCCUGGCUGGGCAGCCUUUUUGAGCACAGCUGGUUCUCGGCCCUGCUCUGAAAAUGUUGGCUGUGUAGUCAGCUGCUCUCCCUCAUUGAGCAGGACAACCCUCAUUCCCUUCAGAUUUCUUGUAUGACUGUGAGUGAUUUUGUUCAUGUUGUAGGCCCUGACGAAUGUACAGUAUGAUACGCUUCAUAAUGCUCUUUCACUUACACGUCACCUAGGAGACAGGAGCAACUGCUUUUGAACCUCUCAUGUGGCCGGUUACUGUAUUCCUUAGUACUGUCAUUCUUUGGCUUCCUGUUGGGAAGAAAUAGCCCUUAGAUUUAAAAACUUAACUUACUAAGUCUGCUCCAUUCUCUUUCUUCUAAUAUUGAUUUACUUCUUUUAUUCUUCCCCACUAUACUAAGAUUUCUUACAUUUAUCUAAUUUGUAAUUACAUUUUUAUUUUUUUAGACAGGGUUUGACUGGCCCAGUCUGGUCUUGAACUUAUAGUGAUCCUCCUGCCUCAGCCUGCCAAGUGCUGGGAUUAUGCCCAGCUUUAUAUAUUUAGAUCAAGAUUGGAGACUGGGUCCUUAGGAUAAAUUUUUUGUAUUUUUAUGUUUGGCUUUAUACCUUACUUGAGCUGUCUCUUGACUGAUAGGCAAUGAUCACUGGAAUCUGAACUCCAUAUGGCACUAGUUUGAGGUGAAACUAGUUUUUUGUUACACUCAGAUCAGCCGAACCAAGUGUGUCUGCAUUGCAUUCCGCCUUUUAUUGUGGGACGCCUGACACUAUAACUUUGCUUGACCAAAGCUGCAUUUACAACACAGCAAGGAUGACUGGUGAGAACCGCUAUGAUCAACUAAACUCUACUGAUCUCUGCUUAUGAUAGAGUCUGUCAAAAAACUACAGACGCCAGGAAGAGGAAAACUGGUAUAAGUAUUUUAAUACUAACCUUAUUGAGAUAUCAUGAGAUUAACACAAGUUUCCUUUGGCCUCUGCAAUUACCAGAGGUGCUCAAAGUGGUGGCCAUUAGUGUCCAGAGAUUUAUUAGUACGGCAAGCGGCUGCUUGGGUAACCUUGGCUAUUGAGAUUGCUGCACAUGUGUUUUCAGUUUCUUCUCUAAGGGCUGGCAGUGUAGUGGGUUUUCUGUGAUAUAUGGCAUCUUCUGGGUCUCUCAUAUGAGGGUAACACCAUCUGUUGAAAAACCAUCAUACUGUAACUAAUAAACUAGACCCCCCCCCGCCCCCAGCUAAAAUAAACACCAAAGGUAAAGAAAUGAUUUGACUGAUGAUGAGCUCAGAACCUGCUUGAGCAGACCCUGCAAAUAAGAACUGCUCAAAGUAAAUAUCCAUAGCCCCAUUUCUUAGAACUGGGUAACAUGGCAGGGAGAACAUUGAUUUAAGAAUCAGAAAUCUUAAUUAUGGAUGAAUCCUUAACUAUUUUUUCUUUCAACCUGUGAAUACACUAUUUCUUAGUGGCACAAAAUCCAAACAGUCAUGUGAAUUCUUUUUUUUUUUUUUUUGCUAUUCUUUAUUAUUUUUAUUUAGUUCUGAGGUGUCCUUAUUUGGUUAGUUUUACUGUUGGAGACUCACUUGGGACAAGAGUAUCUUAAAUCCAGAACAUUAGAAUGUCUUUUAUUGUAAAAAGAAUGACAAACGGGGUGAUUAGAGGAACAGGAAAUGUGAAAGUAGAGAUGUUUUUGUUUUUCACUCUUAGAGCCUGCAAUUUAGUGUCAGUGGUGUAAAAGUAAACUAUUAGGAAAAAUAAGGAAGUGGGAACCUGGCCAGGAGUGAUUCCUCCUCCUGCUGAAGUGAUUUGCCCAAGAAAUCUCCUCCAACUAAUGGUUAUUCCAGGUAUCUCCCUUCAGCCUGGGACAGGAUGACAGCGUGCUGCUUUGAAAUGAUAAAGCCACUGAAGUUUGAAGUGUGACCAGAAGGUUUGAGGGUGUGACCAGCAGUUGUGUGCAGUCUCUAGCCUCUAUGAGAUCUGGACAGCAAAGACCAAUACAGUUCUCAUUUUGGGGUCAGUUUCUUUCACUGGCAGCACUAUAUAGCUCAGAUACAGACAGGAAUCAUCUCCUGGCAGAGUUUUAGCACAAAGCAUACUUCUUUUCUUAUUCUGAAGAUGAGCGCUGAGGAGGUGACUUACACAACCCUGAGAUUUCUUCAGUCUCCUUCAGAGGCACAGAACAAACUAAGACCCAAUGCAACUAAAGGGCCUAGGGAAGAUGAUGGCAAAGGAUUUGCAGUGCCCUGGCAUCUCAUUGCAGCAACCCUUGGGAUCAUUUGCUUACUUCUGUUGAUGACAGUUGUGGUGCUGGUGAUGGAGAUUUUUCAGGAAAAAAAUGAAAAGGAGAAAAUUCGAGAAAACCUCUGGCAAGCGCAAAAUGACAGUUCUUUAAAGGAACGUUUGACAAAUAAGACUUUAGAAUAUGACAUUCUUAAAAAUGAAAUGCAUCAGAAAAACACAGAACUAGAAUUGUCUUCCAAGAAAAAAUGUCAUAGGAAAAAUAAGACCGUUUCAAAACCUUUGCAGAAUAAAGGUAAAAUUUGUGAAGAUGACUUGACCUGUUGUGGAGUAAAAUGUUAUUAUUUUAUCAAGGAGAGUAAAGACUGGAACGGCUGUAAACUGACUUGUCAAGAUUACGGAUUGUCCCCUGUGAAGAUAGAUGAUAGAGAUGAACUGGACUUCCUUCGACUCCAGCUUGGUCAGUGUUAUUACUGGAUCGGGCUGUCAUUUGAUACAGGGGAAAAUAGGUGGAAAUGGACCGAGAGCGGCGCAUCUCCUGGAAUUAAUGUUAGAACAAUGCUUCCAUCUUCUUGGGAAGGAAAAUGUGCAUUUUUAAGUGCAACAAGAAUAUCAAAUAUUGCCUGCAGUAAGACCUACAAUUGUAUCUGUGAAAAGAGAAUGGAUGGUACUUUCCCUGCUUCAGUGUGCAGUGAGGAGGAAAGGAAACAGAGACAAAGAAACAGAGAGAGCUGAGCCUGAAAAGGAAGAAAAUAUUCUUUUGGAACAUGGCUUAGCGAUCAGAAGCCAUUGUUCUUCCUGGAGAAAAGAAGAGUUUGCCUUUGGGGAGCAGUUAUCCUUUUUUUUAAAUCACCUCGAGGAAUUAUUCUCUCUUUCUAUUCCUGAACCACCCCCAGGAGCAAUUAAAGAACACUGAGAAACAGUCUGCAACUUUUUCUUGUCCAAAGGGGAAAUCAUUUUAAUAUCUUGUCAUCCUGAUACCAUAAAUAAGAAAUAGAAAAUCAGGUGUGUUGGCAAAUGCUUGUAAUCCCACCACUCUGAGAGGCUGAGGCAGGAGGAUCCUAAGUUUGAGCCAUGCUGGACCACUUAGUGAGUUCCUGUCUCAAAAUAAAAAAUAAAAUAAGGGCUUGUGAUAUAGCUUAUUGCAAAGGCCCUAGUUUUGUUCCAAAGUACCCCAAAACAAAACAGAAAAACAGAGACAAUCAGAAUAUAGCUGUGUUUCUUUUUUCAUCUAGAAGCUUACCUUAUCUUUCAAAGAAUUUUAUUCUGCCCUGAAAAUAUAAUUGGAAACUUACUGAAUAGUUGCAAGAGCAUUACAAGGAACUCCCAUAUAUCCCUUUAUCCACAGUUAUCAGUUGCUUAUAUUUUGCUACAAUGAUCAGAAUCUGGAAAUUUAGUAUUGAUCCAAUCUGCAAUCUGUGUUCUGUUGUCCCCAUAAUGUCAUUCACAGGUCUCUUUCCUCCAUGCCAGCACAUUCAGUUGUAAUGUCCUGUGGUGUUCUCUGGUCUGGAACAGUUCUUUAGGCCUUGUUUUUCUUGACUUUGACAUGUUAAAAAUAAUCUGUUUUUGAAUUCUACUCUGCAUAUAAUAAAAUGUACCAUCUUGAAGUCAUGAGAAAUAUAAGUUUUAACAAAUAUACAUACUUCUUAUACACUAUCAAAAUGAGACAUAGGACAUUUCCAUCACCCUUAGAAGUUCCUUUCAGCCUCUCACCACCCACGUGCCAGCCAAGCAGUGAUCACUUCCUUUCAUGGUCACUUGGUUUUGACCAUUGCUCCAUUUCACGCGUCAUGGACUCUUUUGUAUUUGGCUUCUUUUUUCUGAGCAUGUUUUUGAAAUUAAUCUGUGCCUUUUCGUGUAUCAAUAAUUCAUUCCUUUCGUUACAAAAUAGUAUUCUACUUAUAGAUGUACCACAAUUUUAAAAAUUCAUUUACCUAUGAAUAUUUCAUAGGUUUCCAAUUUUUGGUUAUUAUUAUUAUAAAUAAAGUUGUUGUUUAUAUUUGCGCACAAGUCUCUGUGUAGAUUUUUAACUAUAUUUGCCUAAAGACUAGUGAUACUGAGCACCGUUUCAUAUGUUUAUGGUUAUUUGUAUAUUUUCUUUUGUAAAAUAUCUACCUUUUGCUCACUUUUUAAAAAUUUACUUUGUCUUCUAAUUAUGGAGCUGGGAGAGUUCUUUAUAUAAUUUGGAUACAAACCCUUUGGUAAGUGUAUGUACUGUAAACUUUUUUUUCCUAGUCUGUGUCAUGUCUCUUCACUUUUUAAUGAUGUCUUUCAAGAAGCAGAACUUCUAAACUUUUACUGAGGCCUAAUUUAUCAUUUUUUCAUGGUUUUUAUGUCUCAUCUACGAAUCUUUACUAUAUCAAUAUUGCAUAGAUUUUGUCCUAUGAUUGCCUUGUGAAGACUGAUAGUUUUAGUUUACAUGUUUGGAUUAUAUUCAUUUCAAGUUGAUAUUUAUGUGUGAGAAAAGAGUUGAGGUUCACAAUUAUUCUAUUUGGGUAUAUGUUGUUUUCGCAGUAUUUGUUAAAAGUCUUUUCUACUUUAACACUGAAUUACUUUGUUGUCUUUGUAGAAAUUAAUUGACCAUGUUAGUAUGGUUGAUUUCUAGAUUCUGUAUUUGGUCUCAAUAGUCUAAAUAAUCUCUUCUUGCAGUAACACCAUAAUAUCUCAAUUACUAUUACAGAAUCUGUUGGAAUGAAGUGUGUUAAUUCUCCAAAUUCAUUUCUUUACAAAAAUAUAUUGGCUAUUCCAAGUUAUUACAUUUACUCUAAAUUUCUUUAAAAAAGCUGUUGGGAUUCUAACUGAGAUUGGAUUGACUCUGAAGAUUAAGUUGGGAGAACUGAUAUUUUAAUAAUAUUAGAAUUAUUAGUGUUAAAAUUCAUGAUCGUGAUUUAUCUCUCCAUUUAGUUAGGUCUUUUUAAUUUCUCUCAGCAAUAUGCUACAUUUUGGCAUAUAAAUCUGACACAUA